GCCAGCUCCGCGAGGCCAGUGUGAAAGAUGUUACUUUCCCGUCGAGACUCACCGGCGACGUAUCAGUGCGGAUUCGGACUGUGUACUGAGAAGGCUGUGAGGUAGCAGAGGCAGCAGACCGCGACCAAGAUGAAGAGCAUUUUCUUCCUGCUGGCUGUUAUGAUGGCGGCUGGACCCGGCGACGGAGCCCGUAUACUGGGAUUGUUCGACUUCCCAGGGAAGAGCCACUUCAUGAUGUUCGAAGAAGUGAUGAAGGCACUGGCGGCCCGCGGCCACGAGGUCAUCGUGUACAGCCACAACCCGCAAGAGAAGCCCAUACCAAACUACAAGGAUGUCAGCUUGGCGGGCUCUUUAAAAGGCCCUCCCGGUGGUGUCACUUCGAAGGAUAAAGAGCUGGGAAUAAAUAACCCCUACGGUACACUAAAACUGCUCGAAGUUAUCACUGUCAGGUCUUGUGAGAAGGUUCUCCAGCAUCCAGCGAUGCAGGCUCUGAUGAAAUCUAACGAGAAAUUCGACCUCAUUUUCACGGAGACUUUCACGACAGACUGCAUGCUGCCGUUUGUGCACAAGUUCCAGGCGCCAAACAUAGCGAUUUCUUCCACCCCGCUUAUGCCGUGGGCAGCUGAUCGUUUUGGUAUCCCGGACAACCCCUCUUACAUACCUGUUCAGUCUGUCUCUGCUAGUGACCACAUGGGAUUCCUUGAGCGCCUUAGCAACACAUGGUAUCUGAAAUACAGCAAGUGGUUCUUCAGGACUUACAUAGACACACCUACCAACCAGGCUGUCAAGAAAUUUUUUGGAGACAGUCUUCCGCCUCUGAGUGAAAUUGCGAAAAAUACGAGCAUGCUCUUCGUCAAUACGAAUCCAGCACUGAACCCGCCCAGACCACUUGUGCCAGCUGUCGUGGAGAUCGGAGGCAUACAUCUGAAGCCUAAACAGAAACUGCCAGAGGACAUCCAAAAGUUCAUGGACGAAGCAGAACACGGAGUAAUAUUCUUCACGUUCGGGUCUGUACUGCAGGCCCGGGAUUUGUCUGAUGAGAAACGAAGUGCAAUACUAGAAGCGUUUGCAGAGCUUCCCCAACGCGUUAUUUGGAAAUGGGAGGCUGAAAAUCUUCCAGGGCAGCCCCCUAACCUGUUAGUACGCAAGUGGCUGCCUCAGUAUGAAAUACUGAGCCAUCCUAAGAUGCGAGUGUUCAUUACGCAUGGUGGAUUGAUGGGAACCACCGAGGCAGUCUACAAUGGUGUGCCAUUGUUGGGAAUACCUUUGUUUGGCGACCAGUUUCAUAAUAUUAAAAUGGCUGUCAGGCGAGGCGUUGCUAUACUUCUACCAUUCCCAGAAAUGACGAAGAACACACUGCUAGAAUCCUUGCGCACUCUGCUUAAUGACGUUGGGUACAGGAAGAGAGCCAUGAUGCUGUCAGAGGCGUACAAGGACAGGCCCAUGAGUCCUCGGGAAGCCGCCGUCUACUGGUCGGAAUACGUCAUCCGGCACAAGGGAGCCAGGCACCUGCGCUCUGCCGCCGUCGAUCUGGAGUGGUACCAACUGCUGCUGCUGGACGUCAUUGCUUUCGUCGUCCUCGGCUGCAUUGUAGUCGCCGGUAUAGGCCUGUUGCUCCUGAUAGCUUUCCUAAGGUGCAUAGGCGUGCUCAAAGGCUCAGCAAAAUCUAAAGAAGUGCAGUCUAAAAGCAAGAAGAGCAAGCAACAGUAGUCGGUAUCCAUCCACUCACUCUAAACAGGCUGGAUCCGUCAAAUUCACCUCCGUGGCGGUUGGGUGAGGACGUGUAACUCGGCGUGUGACUCCAGUACUUUGGCGACGAACAUAAGAAUAUUGCUUGCAGGUGUUGAGCGACACAACGAUUCACGAGCAAUAGGGCUGUAUGAAGUGAGUGACAAAUGCUAAUUUCGUGUGGAACUCGGAGAAGCCAAGAGAAAGUAACUGAGAACGCAGCAAUGACAAGUAAUAGAUGUACAUUUAUUUUUCCGUUAUGUUCAGCUGUAACUCAAUGAAAGUCAUGAUUCUGUGAUGAAAUCGGAAUGCAAUAAAUUGUAGGGGUAUCAUUAAAUGACAAAGAUGAUCACAUGUUCGAAACAGAAAUUACUCGGUUCAUUUGUAAAGGAGUCGGGGUACUGAUUUCACCUACAUAAAGGAACAAAUACAACUGAAAUGAGAAACCACAAUAAUUCAAAGGCGGCAUUGGUGUCUCACCUUACGACAUAUGGUUCAUAUAUGCUGUCACUAACUACACCGCCAUCCGUCACGACUAUUCAUAAUUUUGUAUCUCCCAAGAAGAUAAUACCAAGCGUCUGUGGUAACCUGGAGACAGGAUAACUCAGCAAUGUGUUUCUUUCAUUGUGUGUAAAUAUCGCCCGAAACAAGGGGUCGUUUUGUUAUGUAAAUUAACAAUGUAGUCCAUCGGUUAUAAUUUCUUUCACUAUAGUAUCAGUAUCUGCCUAGACAAGGUUGUCAAAAACAGUCUGAAAAGUUUGUAAGGCUGUUGCAGGUGCUGAAAAAUAAUUAAGAAAAUUCGGUACUUUGAGCAGUUUCUGAGUUAAUUAGCUUUGAAGUUAGCCAAUUAGGCCGUUGCGGAUGAAUAUUCAAGCGACCUGCCAGAGACGGUGUCGCCGAAACUGUUUCUCAUUCGGUUUCAUAAAACGGAACAAAAGAACGAUACAAAAGUUCGACGUAGGACAGUAGAAAGGAUCGGAUCUGUGCCAAAGGCUGAGCAGUCUCGUGCAUUGUCAUCUACGUCAUGGGAGCAACUGACUAAUUUAUAUGGGGGUCCGCUUGAAAGUGCGCGCGUAAUGUCCUGAUUGGCUAACGUUAAAGCUAAUUAACGCGGCAACUUCGCGACGCAUCGAAUUCUUUUCUUAAUAACUACUGAUCAGCACAACUACCCUAUAAGCUUUUCAGGCUGUUCUUUACCAUCCUGUAUAACUCUAAACUAUUGGAAUGCAGCUAGCACGACAUACGUGCUAAUGUACGGGUAGACAGUGCUUCAUCAUUAUACACGAUUGUCAAUAAAUUGUAAGAAAAGGUAAUGUACAGUUUUCCAUUAACGUCGUGUGCGACUAUUUAUGGAACGAAAGUAGGAAGAGGCCUACAUGUGAGGCACGAAAUAUGGACUAGAUCUGUUGGAGAGGCAAUUUUUUUUUCUGGUCUCUUGCUGCAAAUUCAAUUUUCCGUUGAACCACGCGUUACGGUUUCUUCCCACUCGAUUAACGCGUGGAGCCCGUAAAGAAAGAUCGCGUACAGCCCUGUCUGAGGCCUGUUGACAGGCUAAUUUUAUUUGCAUAAUCUCGACGGAAGAGACGUCUGGUCGACUGAAACAGUCGUAAAUUCCGCGCUCUUAGUCGGUUCUUGUAAUUUUUUGAUGUUUUCGCUAAAUACUCGAAAUCUCUUUUCGACUGGCCGCCUAUAUGGAUUUUAUGGCCUUACUGAGCCAAAUCCUAUAGGGACUCAUCGUGCUGGAGCUGUUCCGGUAUGGAAGCAACUCCCCUAUAAAGCAACCUUUGUCGUAGAAAACCUGUAGUUAUCCAGUAUCCUAGCAAUAAAUCGAAGGUUAUUUUGUUUUACCUAGAACCAUGACUGCAUAAUCUGUGCGUUUAAUAUUUCCGUGCAUUGUUCUUGACAGGUAUUUGCAUGACAUAGAUGGUUCCAUUCGUGCGUAAUAAAUAUUCUAAUUUGGAUAAAAUAAGGUAAAUAAUCGACAGUGCCAAAGUGAAGCUACAGUCUUGGUACUUGUAUGAAAAGACAAACAAUAAAAGAAUAUCGGUUUCAGUCUCUCAUGGUGGCACUUGAUAAAGAUCAUUAAAAUUAUAUGAGCGCAAUGUAUUACUAAUCAGUCAUCACAUUUUUUCAUAAUGGUGUGUCUUAAUAAUGCUAUGGUAUGUACUCAUUUUUAAAGAUGUAUUUAAUAGUCUCUGUAACAGUGAAGCUUCUGUAAUAGUUCUGUGGAAAGCUAGUUUGAUAAGAACAGCUCCAAAAUACAAAUGCAUUAUUAGUGUGUUCUCAUUACUAAAUGUCGAUUCCUUUUUAUAACUUCAUUUUUUUCAUUCCGUUUGAUUGCAUGCCUGAGUUAUGGCUUUAAUUUACUAUCUACCUUUUUUCUAUGGAAUUACAUUUUCGUAAUCUCAUUAUUAUAUUGUAAGAAAUUAAUAAAAAUAUUAUUUAA